UUGAAACAAAUUGGGCGCCCAAAUUUUCGCCAAAAACGAUGCGGGAGCAGACUCUAGGUACAUAUUCUAUAUUUCUCUUCCAUUUGUUCGGCAUUGGACUUCAUAACACUACCGUGAAUCUCUCUCAACCGAUUUUGUGUGCAGGCAUCAUGUCUCAAUCGAUUCGCGGUGGGGGAUCUGGAACUAGUGGUUUCUCUAUACAGGUUUCAAUGCAAAGGUUGACGUCGGAGUUAUUCUUGAUCUUCAAACAAUUCAAGGAAAGAUGUACAAAACUUGCAUUUCUAUGGCCAUUGAAGAAUUCUACUCCAAAAACACUAAUUAUAGCACUGUGAUCGUGCCACAUUUCAAGGAUUCAAGAGAAGAUGUUGUUUCUGCAGCUUCUGCAGCCAUUGAUCUGCUGAAGAAUACUCAAGUAGUGGCGAUUUUGGGGCCGCAAACAUCCAUUCAAGCACACUAUGUGAUGGAAAUUGGUGACAAAGUGAAAGUUCCGAUAAUAUCACCAGCAACGAGCCCCUCUCUAUCGCCUCGCCACUCACCAUACUUCAUCAGAUCGUCAUGGUGUGCUGCUUCUCAGGCCAAGGCAGUAGCUGCGGUUGUAAAGAACUUUGGUUGGAGGGAGGUUGUUUUUAUCUACGAGGAUACGAGAUAUGGAAGUGGAUCAGUACCACUUUUGGGAGAGGAUGCUUUUGUCUCAUCCCAAUAUGCAGUUUCUCCUUCUGCUAAAAAUGAUGAGAUUCUUCAACAACUGAAUGAGCUCAAGAAGAAGCAGGCAAGGGUGUUUGUGGUUCACAUGCCACCAUCUCUUGCAUCUCGAUUCUUCCAAAUGGCGAAAGAAGCUGGAAUGAUGAGCAAGGGGUACGCGUGGAUAGUUGCUGAUCCGCUACCUAGUUUAUUGGAUUCAGAAGCUAGUGAAGCAAUGCAGGGAGUAGUAGGUGUGAAGGCUCAUAUCCCCAAAUCUGACCAAGUUAUUAGCUUCGAUAGAAGAUGGAGGAAGAGGUUUUAUGAGGAGAAUCCGGAGAUUGUAAGGUCAGAUCUGAAUGCUUUUGGUUUGUGGGCUUAUGAAAGCAUAGCUGCUGUAGCAGAAUCUGUGGAGCGUGUACGCGCAGAUGCAUCUCCAAGAUUCAAGAAAAUGGCGGGUGGAGGCAGCUUAACGGAUUUGGAAGCAAUAGGGACUUCUAAUAGUGGUCCAAAACUUGCUCCAUUGAUCAAGAAUUUACUUUCUAAAGGCUUGAGGGGUGAUUGCAAUAUCAUCAGUGAUGGUCAGUUACAACCAUCUGAAUUUGAGAUUGUGAAUGUGAUUGGCAAUCGAGUGAACACUGUCGGAUUUUGGACAGAACAGAAUGGCAUUUCGAAGGAUCUUGCCAUCAUAUGGCCCGGUCAAACGAUGGCCGUGCCUAGAAGGCUGAGAGUCGGAGUUCCUAGGAACGCAGGGGUUAGUGAAAUUAUCAAUGUUGAAGAGGUUGCAGAUGGUGUUUUUAAAGCAACUGGUUUCUGUAUUGAUGUUUUUGAGGAAGUUUUGAAGUCAUUACCCUAUGGAGAUGGACUUGCAAUACAGUAUAUCCCUUUUGAAAAUGUGAACUAUGAUGAUUUUGUUCGUCAAGUAUUUCUUCAGAAUAUUGAUGCAGCUGUGGGAGAUGUGACUAUUACAAGUAACAGAUUGAGAUUAGUGGAUUUCACUGUUCCUUACACAGAACCUGGAGUUGCUAUGCUCGUGCCAACCACGGAUCAAGAGACGAAGAAUGGUUGGAUAUUCAUGAAGCCUCUAACACUUGGCCUCUGGCUGACCAUAUGGGCCUUCUCCAUCUUCACCGGAUUUGUUGUUUGGGUCCUUGAGCAUCGUGUGAACACAGAUUUCAGAGGUCCACCUACACAGCAAGUAGGGACGACGAUGUGGUUCUCUUUCUCAACUCUUGUUUUUUCACAUACGGAGAAUGUGACGAGCAACUUGACAAGAUUCGUAGUGUUUGUGUGGCUGUUCGUGAUGCUGGUUUUGAAUUCAAGCUACAACGCCAACUUGACAUCUAUGCUGACAGUACAACAGCUCAAGUCUACAGAUAUGAUCAAGAAGGGUGAAUACAUAGGCCAUCAAAAUGGCUCAUUAGUCACUGGAUUGUUCAACGGUAGCACUUUAUUCAACAACUACAACCUGAGGAACUUCGGCACAAUAGAUGAAUACGGAGACGCUCUCUCUAAAGGUAGCAGAAAUGGAGGAGCAGCUGCAAUUGUUGAUGAGAUCCCUUAUCUUAGGCUAUUCCUUAGCAAACACUGCGACAAGUAUGCCGUGAUUGAUCCCAAAUACAUAACCUCUGGUUUUGGAUUUGCAUUUAGGAAGGGUUCACCAAUAGUUGAUAAUGCUUCAAUAGCAAUCUUGGAUAUGAAAGAGAAUGGGAGAAUGGAUGUGAUCACAAAAAGGUGGUUUGGACCACAAGCCUGCAAUGCUGAUGGACUGGAAAGCCUGGAUCUGGAUCGUUUCACCGGCCUUUUCCUCAUUGCAGGGCUAUCAUCAUCAAUGGCUCUAGCUGUGUUCUUCUCCGGAUUCUUUUAUGAGAACCGGCAUAUAUUAGCCUCAUCGGCUUCAGUCAAGAAAAAGCUGCAUAGUCUGUCUAGAGCUUUUGUCGGGAGAAAAGACGAUGGAUCAAAACACUCAGAAUCUGAGGGUUUAUCACAAAGUCCAUCAAUUAGGACUUGUUGUGAUGAAGAAGGAAUGUUUUCACAAGAUGAAGGGGUCUCAACAGUUGAUAUAGAAAUGCAAGAGGCUAAUAAUCCAUAACUACAAAGUUGUUUUAUGCUGUUGUACAUAGAAAGUAUUUAUAGUUUACAAAAUUAUACUUCAUUACUCUUUAUAUUGUUGCUUUUUAUCAUUUUGUUUUCUUCAUCUUUAGUUAUGUUGUACACUCUAUUUUCGAUAUUGUUUAAUGCAUUCAUUAUAUUUAUCUUA